AUGUUAUCCAAAGUAGCUCUUGUCACUGGUGCGAACAAAGGAAUUGGUUAUGCGAUUGUACGCAACCUAGCUCUACAAUAUGCUCAACGUAUUUCAACCGUUCCACUGACAAUCUUUCUUACAGCACGCAAUCAAAACCUUGGACAAGAAUCUUUAAAGAAAAUUGAACAAGAAUUAAAAUCCAGACAAAUUUUAAAAGAUGAUAGUGGAAAGAUAGAGUUAAAAUUUUUGAGAAUGGAUUUGACUGAUGAACAAAGCAUCAAGGAUGUUGGAGAAAUACUUGAAAGAGACUAUAAUGGACUUGAUAUUUUAAUUAACAAUGCAGGAAUAGCAUUUAGGGGAAAUGUAUUCGAUACGAAUGUUGUUCGAACAACUUUAGCAACAAAUUUUUAUGGUACCCUUAAUGUAUGCAAUCAUCUUUAUCCUCUAAUUCGGCCAAAUGGAAGAUUAGUUAAUAUAUCAAGUGGUGUUGGAAAAUUAAAAAUAUUGAGUUCCGAACUUCAAAAAGAGUUCAGCCGAGAUGAUCUUGAUAUAAAUGGAUUGAUUGGUUUGAUGAAAAAAUUCGAAAAAGAUGUCGAAGAAAACAGAUGGAAAGAAGAAGGAUGGCCUACUCAAUCGUAUGCCGUUUCAAAGGUUGGCGUCACCGCAUUAACCAAGAUUUUUGCACGCCGUGCAGACAGUGAAGGCAAAAAUAUUUUGGUUCAUGCAUGCUGUCCAGGUUGGGUUGCUACUGAUAUGACAGUUCCUAAUGCAUCGAGAACUCCUGAUCAGGGUGCCGAAACCCCCGUUUAUCUUUCACUUGACGAGGAAGUUGUCCCAAAGACCAAGAAUGGUGAAUUUUGGAUCUACAAUAAAGUUGUUAGUUGGUGA